ACAUACUAUUCUAAAAUGGCUGUAUUUCAUCCAAUUCCAGCGUAUUUCAGUCAUUCUUUUAUCAGGAAACCGAACAGGAAGACAUCCAAAAGCGCGCUCUUGUGUGUCAACAGACGUAUAAAUACCAAGCCAAAGCAAAACCCACCAAGAAUAAUCUGUUUACCAUGGACACGUUAACAGGAUUUCCUCUUCUUUUUCAACAAUUCAAGGCACUGUUCAAGAAAAACUUCUUGCUUUCAUGGAAACACAAGACUGCUACGUUCCUCCAACUCUUUUCUUCUCUCUUCUUCAUCUUGCUCAUGUUCAUAAUUAAGCUAGCUAUCGACGCUCGGUCCUCCUCUUCUACUGACUAUACCACUGUUCGGGAUCCAAGAUCUUUAGUCUCUCCGUCUAUCCCCCCUUGUGAAGACAAGUUCUACGUGGACAUACCGUGUAUUGACUUUGUUUGGAGCGGCAAUGAUAGCGUUAGAGUUCAGAGAAUUGUCAGCGCCAUUAUGCAGAAUAAUCCCGGUAGAGCUAUUCCUUCAAACAAGGUUAUGUCUUUUAGAACGAAAACUGAAGUUGAUGAAUGGCUUUUUGAUAAUCCUCUGAGGUGCCCAGGAGCUCUGCAUUUUGUGGAUAGAAAUGCUACUGUUAUAAGUUAUGGCAUACAGACUAAUUCUACUUCAGUUGAAAGGGGAGGGGUUUAUGAAGAUCCCACGUUCAAGUUUCAAAUCCCACUUCAGAUUGCUGCUGAGCGCGAAAUUGCCAGGUUAAUGAUUGGAGAUCCAAACUUUAGCUGGGUUGUAGGGCUCAAGGAAUUUGCUCAUCCUGCAAUGGAGCUUUUCAAUGUGGUAGGUUCAAUAGGACCAAGCUUUUUCCUUGCAGCUGCCAUGUUUGGUUUGGUGUUUCAAAUUGGUUCUUUGGUCACUGAGAAAGAGCUCAAACUUCGCCAGGCAAUGACUAUGAUGGGUCUUUAUGAUUCUGCCUACUGGUUAUCAUGGCUAUCAUGGGAGGGAAUCAUUACACUUUUUUCAUCACUCUUCAUAGUUCUUUUUGGAAUGAUGUUCCAAUUUAAUUUUUUCUUGAACAAUAGUUUUGUAAUCUUGUUCUUUGUGUUCUUCCUUUUUGAACUCAAUAUGACUGGCUUCGCCUUCAUGUUUUCAUCCCUCAUUAGCAAGUCAUCAUCAUCCACAACAGUGGGUUUCUCCAUAUUUAUAGUUGGCUCUUUGACUCAGGUUGUUACGGCUUCUGGUUUCCCUUACUCUGAAACUUUUUCUAAUACAUAUAGAAUCAUAUGGUCACUGUUCCCACCUAAUCUUCUUGCCGAAGCCCUAAAGCUGCUUGCUGAUGCAACUUCCUCACCUGGAGAUAUUGGGAUAAGUUGGAGUAGACGGGCAGAGUGUGCACCAAAUGAUACUGAGUGUGUGAUAACAAUUAAUGAUAUCUACAUGUGGCUUUUGGCAACAUUUUUUGCAUGGUUUUUAUUGGCUAUCUAUUUUGAUAAUAUAAUUGCAAAUAAAGCUGGUGUGAGGAAAUCUAUAUUUUACUUUUUAAACCCCUGGUAUUGGACAGGGAAAGGUGGAAGCAAGCCUGAAGAGGGUGGUAUUUGUAGUUGUAUUGGUUCGGUCCCUCCAUUGGAUCAUAUUACUCCAGAUGACGAUGAUGUUCUUGAAGAGGAAAGCAUUGUUAAACAGCAAAUUAGGGAAGGUGUUGAGCUGAAUGUGGCAGUCCAGAUACGUGGCCUUGUAAAAACAUAUCCUGGAACUAGGAAGAUAGGUUGCUGUAAAUGCAAGAAGACUUCACCUUACCACGCUGUUAAGGGUUUAUGGGUAAAUAUUGCAAAGGAUCAAUUAUUUUGUCUUCUUGGACCCAACGGUGCUGGAAAAACUACAACAAUCAGCUGUUUGACUGGUGUAACACCAGUGACUGGUGGAGAUGCACUUAUUUAUGGGAAUUCCAUUGGAAGCUCUGUUGGCAUGUCAAAGAUUCGGAAAAUAAUAGGAGUAUGUCCCCAGUUUGAUAUUCUCUGGAAUGCAUUAUCCGGUGAAGAGCACCUCCAUCUCUUUGCUAGUAUCAAAGGCCUACCUCCUGAUUCAAUCAAAUCGGUUACUGAGAAUUCAUUAGCAGAAGUGAGGCUCACUAAGGCAGCCAAAGUAAGAGCUGGGAGUUACAGUGGAGGAAUGAAGCGUCGCCUGAGUGUUGCAAUAGCUCUAAUUGGCAAUCCGAAGUUGGUCAUUCUGGAUGAGCCAACUACUGGAAUGGAUCCAAUAACAAGGAGGCAUGUGUGGGAUAUAAUACAAGACGCGAAGAAAGGGCGUGCCAUUAUCCUGACAACACACUCAAUGGAAGAAGCUGAUAUUCUGAGUGACCGCAUAGGAAUCAUGGCAAAGGGAAGGCUCUGCUGUAUUGGAACCUCAAUCAGAUUAAAGUCACGGUUUGGUACUGGCUUUGUUGCUACUGUCAGCUUCACUGAAAGCAAAACUGGACAAAGUCCUAACGAGCCAGAAACAGUUGCAACACCUCAUCAUGAUGCGGUGAAGCAGUUCUUUAAAAUUCGUUUAGAUGUCGUCCCAAAAGAGGAGAACAAAGCAUUCCUAACAUUUAUCAUCCCUCAUGAUAGAGAGGAGCUUUUGACAAAUUUUUUUAAGGAGCUGCAAGAAAGAGAAAGAGAAUUCAGUAUAGCCGAUAUUCAAUUAGGUCUUUCAACUCUAGAAGAAGUUUUCUUAAACAUCGCAAGACAAGCAGAACUAGACGAUGCUGCAGCUGAGGGGAGAUUGGUCACUCUAAGCUUGUUAUCAGGGGCUUCAGUUCAGAUACCUCCAGGAGCAAGGUUUGUGGGGAUCCCAGGAACAGAAACUGCAGAGAAUCCUAGAGGGAUUAUGGUUGAAGUAUACUGGCAGCAAGAUGAUUCUGGUGCCCUCUGCAUUUCUGGUCACUCCACUGAAACUCCUAUACCGCCUAAUGUGCAGACACUAGCUCCCUCAGCAUCAACUUCCCAGGGAAGAUUCUUCAGGCAAAGAAGACCAGUUCAUGGAAUUGUGCUUGAUCCCAGCCAGAUUGAUGCUACAACAUCCUCCUAGUAUGAACACAAAUUGACUAUUGGUAGUACACACCGAUUUUGUUAUUUUAAUAAUUAAUAUAUGUGCGCUUCACUGUCAUGCUUAUAGACCUUCACCAAGCCUAAGACCAGCCCUACCAGUUGGAUGAAUUGAUGAUACCAGCAUUAUAAAAUUUUAAAACGAGUUUAAGUAUAUUUAUUGAAUAAUAAAUGUUUCUCAUCCAA